CCAUUCGAAUGGGACGUCUUUUUUCGUCAGGUUGUUAAGGGGUCGGGCCGUAGUGGCGAAGUCUUUGAUGAACCUGCGAUAGAAGUUUCCAAAGCCCAGGAAGGAUUUUGGCCAGGCGGCAAUUCCAUCAAUCUUAAUGGGGUCCAUAGAUAUAUUGUCCGUGGAGAUGAUGAAUCCGAGGUAUUCAACCGUGUCCGUUUCGAAGGUGCACUUGGAGGGUUUCAGGAACAAGUCGUUAUCCAAGAGUAUUUGCAUAACUUGGGUCGUCACACAUCGGUGUUCUUCGAUGGUUUUCGUGAAUACCAAAAUGUCAUCCAUGUAGACUGCCAGGACCUGUGCUACAAUGAGGUCAUGGAAGAUGAUGUUCAUCAUUGUUUGGAAGGUUGUGGGUGA